AUGAAGGCUUGCAACUUCAUGUGGCCUUCCACAUCACCCAGAUUCACCAUCACCACACCUUAUCCACAACCACACUUACGCCUCCGCACCUACACCUCACGCGCCGCCCCUUUCUUUCAUGUAAAAGCCUUCCAGCGCGGUGACUUCGACCGUUUCGCUGACGACGUUAAGUCCGAAUUUGGGAUUAGUCCUCGUGUCAGGAGCUUCUCUGCCGAUUUGAGUAGAAAUUUCCCUAAGUACAGGAAACAAUUCAGUGCCUUCUUGAAUACACCGCUCGGUGGAAGUUUUGCGACUAUUUUCUUUCUUUGGUUUGCCCUCUCUGGAUGGCUUUUCCGAGUAAUAAUAAUUGCGACUUGGGUUCUUCCAAUUGCUGGCCCUCUUCUCAUUGGUGCAGUGGCCAACAACUUUGUCAUCAAGGGAGAAUGCCCUGCAUGUAAGAGGCAGUUCAUAGGAUACAAGAGCCAGAUUAUCAGAUGCGAGGGGUGUGGGAACAUAGUGUGGCAGCCACAAGGCGACUUCUUCUCAAAAGAUGGCAACAACAAUAAUAACAGCAAGGGAAACUCUAAAAAGCCACCUAAAUCCCAAAUCAUUGAUGUCGAUUUUGAGGAGAAAUGAUGAUUAGAGAGAGAGACCGAGAAUGAAGGAGAAAGCUCUCUCUCUUGUUGCACUUAAUGCUCACAUGAAGAUAAAGAAAAUGUGUUUAUAACUGAACCAUUUGCUGUAUUUUUUUGUCUGUUUUGAGCUGUAGCUCUGUAGAAGGCAUCGUGUUUUACAUGUUGUGUACAUGAUAACGUUUCCUUGUAGAUGAACAAAUGUAGUUUCCACAAGCCGGGAGACUUGAUUGAAACUCCUAAAGUUUUUACAUCUUAGACAAAUCAUAUAUUAUAGAACCAUUUACUUCACCACUA